GCAGGUGUAGGUUUUAUUGGAUUACUUACAAGGAUAAUUCACAAAUUCUUGAAAAUUUUGUUACUUCUCCUGUUCUUUCUUUUAAGUAAAUUUUGGCAUUCGUUUCUCGUAUGGAUUUGUAUGUACAAGUCUACAUAAAUAUACAGGAAACUCUGUGCUUUUGGCAUUUUAGGAACAAUAUAAUCCUAUUUUCUUUGUAAUAUAUUAAAUAACAUACUAAAUAAACUUGCUUUUUGACAAAAUGAAUUUUUUUCUUUUCGAGUGUACAGAAUAUUAACACUUACAUUAAUGCCACUUUAACGCCGCGCUAUGCGUUUUUAUAGAUUAUCAUUGUUAUAUUAACUAUUACAUAAUAUUAUAGAAAUUUAUUCUAGUCGAUACAAUGUUGCGCCUCAGACCAACGCUACACAUUAAAUGUUACGUAUUUUAUCUUAAACUCGAACGUUUCGAACGAAAUAAACGCAAGUGUAAAAAAAUAAUAGCGCCUUGGCCGCGAGCGCAAGAGAAAAGUUACUAAUUGCAAAUAGCGGAGAAGAUAGUAAUUGGUCUAUUACGUGUUCGCUAUCAAAGUUUACUUUCGAAGUUCACUUUCGACUGUCGCUUCAAACUUCCUAACGUAUGCAGAUACGUCGGUGACAAAAUUGCGACAGCGAUUCGAACAAUUCGCGUCAAUGGCGUGUCUCGCCUCGAGACGACAGCGAUCAGAGAAUAUGUAAUUACUCAUUAAUAGACAAAUAAUAUCGAUCGAAAAGACUCACGAGAAUCUCUAAUUUUCCGAUACAAACUGUCUCUUCUCUACUGUCUUUAUGAAAAAUCUAAUUACCGGUUAUAAGAGAAGUAUCAUAAGUUCAGAAACAUUUUUGCCGCUAUUGAUCAAAUAUAUCGAAUAUACAUACUUAAAGAGCAACUGAAUUCUUACGAAUCGUAUCAAAAGCUAUAACACUAGUUCCUUUUGCCAUGUGUUAUUCUACCAUCCUUCAAUAUGUACAUCGGAUUACAGUCGACACGAAAAGGAUCUUAAUCUCCGUGUUACACAAUUUUUAAGACAUUCUAAGAGCCAUAAAUUACAAUAUACAUGACAUUUGAAAAAAGAGUAACACCUGGACAAUUGCAAUUCGAUACUGUAGCAGUCCUCAAGCUAAAAGUCUUGAGUCAAGUUGUCACGUCUUUAAGAAUGAAGAAGCCGAUAUCGUCGUACGUAGAACUGUUCUACGACGAGAACGUGAUCUCGUGGAGCAAACGACUCUUGAACUUAUCCGGGCUAUGGCCGCAUAAUCGUAACGACGUUCGAUUUUUCUUCUACAUUACGUACGUCGUGAUCUUCACCUGGUUGGAGAUUGUGACGCUGCUGCAGAAUAUACACGACCUUGAGAAGACGCUGAAGAAUAUCACGCUAUCGUUCCCGACCAUCUUGAUAGUACUGAAGGCCAUGAUGUUUCGGUUGAACAUGCAUCUCGUGCUACCAUUGCUGACGGUCGUGAAAAGGGACGUGAAGCUUGGAUUGUAUAGAUCAGAAGAGGAAAGGCGAACGGUCGUUUGGUACAGCGUGGCCGCCACGUUAUUUUCCACCUCGUCGGCCUUGUCUUUAUUCUUCGUGCCCACCUUGUUUUAUGCCAAACCAAUCGUCAGCUGUCUUUUAUCCAAAUUCAAUAAUUGUACGCUUCCUUACGAGUUACCGAUGAAAGUAAAUAACAUUUAUGAAGUGACAGGAGUACAAUCAUACGCUUUAUUGUGCGUUUAUUUAAUACCAGCAAGUAUGUUGUUAACAAUCGGUGCAACCGGCGCGGACAGUCUUUUGGUGACGUUAACGUUUCACCUUUGUAGUCAACUUUCAAUUCUGGCACAUCGUGUCAGAAAUAUCAGUAUUGAACCGCAAAUAUAUUCUCCAGAAAUGAGAGCGCUCGUUGAACGACACAUCGAACUUCUUCAACUGGCAAAUAUUUUAGCAAAGACAUUUAGCUCUCUGAUGUUUAUACAGACAUUAGGAUUAAUAUUCUCUUUAUGCAUCGUGGUCUACCAAUUACUCAUGACGACCGACUCUGGAGAAGAUAUAAAUACCAUACAUUUUAUAAUUUACUCAUGCGCUGUUAUACUAUUAGCAUUCUCCUACUGUUUCUUGGGGGAGUGUCUAAUUAGCGAGAGUAGUGAAAUGCAAGUGGCUUGCUAUUUCAUAAACUGGUACGACUUACCGGAACAAUACACGCGAUCUUUAAUAUUUUGUAUCGCUCGAUCGCAGAAACCAUCAUACCUUACCGCUGGCAAGUUUUACGUGUUUUCCUUAGAAACAUUUGGCGUUAUAGUAAAAGCAUCGAUGGCAUAUCUCUCCGUUUUGAAAAGUAUUAUUUGAAUGAUUACAAGGAUCAACUCAACUUGUUGAAUUUAUUGAACAUAUAAAAAGAAACAAAUUAUUCGAACCAUUAAUUGCGGAUAUACGACUUGAUCUUAUAAUCGAACAGUGAAACGAUAGAUUCAAUUCUUAAAUAUUAAACGUAAAGCUGUUAAACGCGCACUAUAAUUUUCUAUUGUGAUAAAAGACUCAUCUUUCGUAACCUUUCAACUUCUUUAAUUUCCCUUAGUAAUAAUCACUUUAAUCAAUGAAAUUAUAUAUUUCCUUCAUAUCCCUAAAACAUUACUUUCACUAUCAAUCUUCUUAUGAUACGGUAAACGGUGUACGAUCGACGAUUAUUAACCGAACUAGAAUUAAGUGCCAGGUCUGAAAAGAAUAAACGUCAACGUCGCCCAGAUAGAAUGACUACAGAGAUCGAAUCUGUCGGAAUCAAUUUUUUUCUAUUGGAAGCCACUUGUACGUGGUUUACAACGUACCAGCGAUAUACGUAUAUCAAGCUCUCGGAAUGUAUCAUUCUAUCUAAUCGUCGUCGAACACAAGUACGUGUUGGCUGAAGGAAUUAAAAGAAAAAUUUAUUUCGGUUUAUUCAAGAAAGAUACAGAGUGUACAACUGCCGAGGGGGAUACAAAUUAUGCAUAUAACUCGUGCUUCACGGUAAAUAAUCGUCCCUAUUGCCAGGUCGAAGCACGUGGACCCUGCCGUCGUGUGUUAUCUCUUUAAAACGACCUCGAUCCUACGAAUGGAGUAACAGCUAACGCGCAUACGGCCUUCACGAUACACCGAUCUCUCGCCACACGGUCCGCUGCGAUCCAAGCACGUUUACAGCACGUGUGUACACUUUCAGUGGCAGGAACUUAAGUAACAGUGUGCAUCGUCAUGUACCUCUGACGCCGAUCCUGAGAGACACGGCUGAUCCUCCACGAGGUAUUCAGACAUGGAAAAGAAACAGACGGCAAAGGCUUUGCACGCGUUUCGUUUCAGAACAGAGAUACACGGCCGCGACUUAUACGAUCGCAGGACAACGAACCAGACGAUGGUUAGUUGCUUGCUCGGUGUACGAUGGUAUGGAGCGAAUUCUUAGCAGUCAUGGCCGAAUCGUCUAGAUGUCGUCGUAAACAAAGGUACAUUAUACUGAUAAAUUUGUUUUAAACGAAUACAUGGUGAUUAUAAAAUUAAAAAAAGAAAAAAGAGAAGGAAAGAGAAGUUAAAGGAUAAGUAUGGAACGAUAAUACAGGUAAAUAAUAAAGCGUUCGAACGAUACUCCGUGGUAGCGGCUAUUAAUAGCUCGUGUUCAUUCCCAGCGGAGCAAGUUAGUGUAUAUCGAGAAUCGCUUUUUCACCCUUUCCUCCCUCGCGGUUAUCAUUUUUUAUUUCUCAAAGUUGAUCAUAUCGCACAAAACGACUUCUUCGUCGGUACGGAGAACGUAAAAGAAUUUCGCCACGAUUAGAACGGUUCGUUCACAUGCGUGUCCUGUGGCUGUGAUGUACGAUUCUUGAUAACUAAAAAUUAAAUCCAUACCAAUUCGCACGGGCGUGCAUGGAGAUUUUUAGGAACGGAACCGUGUCGGUCGGUAUAUCGUGACAGCCUGUGUAUGCUAUACAAGCACAUAAACACAUGGUAAUGUAUUCGAUGCUGUUUAUUUCUUUCUUUCCUUUUUUUUUUCUUCAUUCAGACAAAACUGACUCACACGUUCACAUGUUAAUACGCAGCCUCGCAGAUGCAUUCGCGGUUACCUCCCACAAUUAUGUUCCGUAUAAAAUCGUGCGUUUGCCUGUGCACGAGGUCCUCUGGUGUAUGUGUUUCUGUGUACGAAUAUGCACGUUAAGUGUACACACGAUACUUCAUGUACAAUAUUCUGUCUGUUCUCUGUAUAUUUCGAACUAUAUGUAUGUAUUCGUGCGUACUGUUCUCUGUGUGUUUGCGGUUAAUGGAAGCGAGAGUUCACUAAAUGUCUUUCGUUCUGAGUUCUUUUCGCGUUGUGUUCAAGAAAUAGAGAAAAAGAGCGAGAGAAAGAGACAGACAGAGAGGGACAAAGAAAGAAAGAGAGAAAAAGAGAGUUAUAAUACAGGACAACGCCCGAGAAGAAUUCUAGAUCGGUCGAGAAACUUUUGAAAUUUUUUACUAUUCCGCGCACUCUCAGAAACACUCGUUUCUAAACGAUAGACUUAGUCUUGCCCUCGGCAAUUUUUUUCGAAUUUUUCGUUUCUUUUUUGUUUAUUCGUUUAUAUUGUAUAAGAGAGAGGUGUGCUACGGAUGGUGUGUUCACCGUUUCGUUUUUUAUCUUUAUCUACUCGUUUUGUUUGCUUUUUGGGGGUGCUUUUUAAUUGUUUUAUUCGUUUAUCGACUCGAGAACGUCGCAUCGACACACAGAGAGAACGACACGACGUUCUCGAGAAUUGAUCGAGAAUAUACGAAUGUGUUAUAGACAUGUCUGACGUUUCAGAACGAAAAAAUACGUGAAUGGAGUUCGAGUGCACGAUCUCAUUCGUUUUCUUUUCUUCCUUUUUCUAAGAAACGAAAGAAUUUUUUCUUCCACUUAUUGUUACUACGUGCGAGGAUAAUAUUGAUGUUCACUGCUUAUAUUAAUCUGCCUGAUAGUAUUGUGUAAAAUCUCACGAUACUAUUCACGUCAUUGCAAUCGCGUGUUUUCUCUGUUAGGUAACGUUGAACUAUUACGAUGUACGUUUGUUCUUCGUUAUAUGUCCUAUUUCGAUAGCAAAAAAUUAAAUAAUAAUAUUAGUGAUAAUUAACGAAAAUAGCAACUGCUAUCAUUAUAACUAUAAUAACAAUAAGUAAAUUGACUACACGAAAGUAUAGCGUUUUCCUUUUGUAAUUAUAUUAGUAAAUAUUAUUGAGAACUACAUUAGUAAUAAAGAGAUAAUGGGAAUUCCAGAAGUCGUGUGAGAUUUCAAAAACUGAAUGCUGAACAAAACUAUUCAAUGAGAAAAGUUUGGACUAUUUAAAAAAUAUUCAUUGAGUAUAAGCAGCAUGAAACUUUUAAUUAUUCUAUGAAAUUCGUUGAUAUUGUAAUACGAUUUAAUCAUAGAAAAUUGUUUCCUGAGCAUUUUCAUUGAGCAUUAUAAGCUGCCAUACUUAAUCUAAUCGUAUCUUAACAGAUACUCGAAAAAUCUUUGCUGUCGCGUCCAAACUUGGAAAAUUAAUUUAGUAACAGAAUUAUCAAUAAGCAAUGGAAAAGUCUCGAUUAAAGACAUGAUUUUGUUAGAAAAAAUACGCGCAAAGCUUGGUAUGCCGAUUUCUAACUCUUUGAAACGCUAAUUUAUACGAGCGCACACUUGGCUUCACGAAACGUGUAUUUUUUCAAAGAAAAUGUUUCUCUAUAAUCGUAACUUUCCCUUUCCCGAUCAAGUAUACGUUUAAAGUUUCUAAUCGAUUAUCGCUACGUUUAACCAAAGAAUCAGUCGAAAAUUCUUAGAAAUUUAUGUAUUGCACGAUAACUAGUCGUUUUCGAGUCCAUUUUAUGAAAUGGCGAAAAAUGGAAGAAACUGAAUUUAAAGAGGAACUUACGUCAAAUAUAAAUAACGUAUUUUAUAUUUUCGAUCCAUGGGAGUAGUAUUACGACAAUUAAAAAAUUUUAUUUAUUAAAA